UAAAGAAAAAAUUGCUCAUAAAUUCCGUAAACCAACAUAUCAUAUAAUGAGUGAAAUCCAACCUGAACUUAACUCUACUCUUGAAGAACUUAGCAAUCAUAUUAAAAAUGCAAGUGAAAACCUUCGCCUUGCUGCCGAUGCUCUAUCUCGUGCAUCUGAUGUUAAUAGAUAUUUAUUUAAGGUUGUAGCUUUUGAAAGUUGUGAUAAUCGUGGAUAUUAUAUUGCACACCGUAAUUCCCUUGGAUAUACUCUCAAAUUAGAUGAUUCUCCUCUGGUUGCUGAUUUUAUAUUUAAAUUAAUUGCUGGUUUGGACGGUCGAGGUGUCAGCUUUGAAAGCGUAAACUAUCCCGGCCAUUUUCUUAGGCAUCAAUUUUAUCAGAUCAAACUUCAUAAAUACGAUAAUACUCCUUUAUUUCAAAAAGAUGCUAGUUACAUCAUCAAUAAACAAGGUGCUUUCUUUACCUUCGAGAGUGUCAACAUGCCGGGUCACUUUAUUAGACACAGGUCUAAUAAUGAAUUAUGGGCUGAUCGUAAAGAAGAUUCAGAUGUUUAUAUAAAAAGCAGUUUGUUCAGGCAGUCUCAACUUUUUUGA